GGCCAUGUCAUGCGUCAAAAAAAGCAUUUGUCAUUUUAACUUGUUUUAGUUAGAAAAAAAAUCAAAAUUUACUUUUAACAAGAUAAAGUGAGUAUCCCGCAGACUUUGCAUUAAAAUUAUACAAAAACGGAUAAAUCUACAGUGACCUUUUCAUACCUUUGAUAUGGUCCAAAUGGGUGACAUGGAAGAGAAGUCCCAAGAGAGAGUGUAUGGAGGGUGUGAGGGCCCCGAUGCCAUGUAUGUGAAACUCAUCUCCUCAGAUGGACACGAAUUUAUAGUUAAAAGGGAACAUGCUUUGACUUCUGGAACUAUUAAAGCUAUGCUGAGUGGACCUGGACAGUUUGCAGAAAACGAAGCUAAUGAAGUGAACUUUAGGGAGAUUCCGUCUCAUGUACUACAAAAAGUGUGCAUGUACUUCACAUACAAGGUGCGCUAUACAAACAGUUCCACAGAGAUUCCAGAGUUUCCCAUCGCUCCAGAAAUCGCUCUGGAAUUGCUUAUGGCUGCCAAUUUCCUUGACUGUUAAAUGUUUUUUUGUAUUUAUUCACCUGAUAACACGAUGUAAUCCCUAGGUAGAAGCCCCUCCCUGGUACUUUUAUCUAUGGACUUUGUUGGCUCGGUAAACAUGUGAAAGAAAGUCAACAAUAGCUUAAUGAAACAAAAAUAACUAUAAUAAAAAUGUAACAGAAGAUCUGUUUCUGCCUUUAAUAAAUAAUUAAUUUGUGUGUAUAUUAGUCGGCCUCAGACUGAGUUUAACUAGGCUAUUUAUUGUGAUUUACAGGGUGUUAUUCGGGGCACCCUAUAUAUUGUAAUUUUUGUUUCAGUUUUUUUUUUUAAUAAUAAUAAUGUAUAAAUGCUAGGACCGUUUUUUAAUUAGUUGUGUAGUGCUUUUCGCUCUGUAAACUUCCAUAGGUUUUUUUUGCUCAUUAAAUACUAUAAUUUAUUUUAAUUAUAAAUUUUCUCUUCA